AUGCCCGAGCAAAACUUCCUCUUUAUCCACAAAGACGCUGGAUCGAGAUCGCUAUCUCGCAGCUACGACGAGGAGCGUCACAACCUCCGCCGCCAUGUCCGCCUCAAUCGACCCGCGCCGACUCCCGCCAAAGCAAAGCGCGGUUUCGCACUCGCCAGCGGGAAAUGGGCCAGAUUGAUGCCCAAGACACCCGUGCCGGCACCUGACGUCGCUCUACACCCCGCUCCUCCACCAGCGCUCGCGCCCGACGAAGAUUUCCAGGGUGAAGAAGACCAAAUCAGAGCGAAACCCAGGACCAAGCCCAAGACCAAGCCCAAGCUAGGAACCGAAUCUGAGGACUUCAAGGCUGAAAAAGACCAGAUUCAAGUCCGAGCAAAGUCCGGCGCAGAGCUGGGGACCGAAUGUGCGCUCUCGAUGAUCAAUGGCAACGCGACCGACCCGUUCGGCACGAGCAGCGUGACCAUCGACCGCAGCGUCCACCGCCUACUCCAGUACUUUCUCAACGUGUCGCAUCCGCGCAACUGGCACGCCGAAGUUCGCGCAUCCAAGGGAGAGUACAGGUUCCGACACUUUGCGCGCGGGCGCAUCAUAAAUUGUCUAAGGAAUGAAUCUAGCAUGUACGCCCUGCUCGCCUCGAGCGCGAGCCAAAUACACUACUUUGAAGGGACCACGCCGCCCGUGGACCCGGGCACCUUGAUUGGGAAAGCACUCCACGCAACGAGGGAGCGGGUCUCCCAGACUAUGACCAGCGACAACAACGACCACAAUAACAACCACGACGACAACCACCCCACGGUCGUCGACAUAGACCUGGUCUUCGACAUCCACGCACUUGCGAAUGCAGAUUUCUUUCGCUUUGACCUCCACGCGGCAAGGAUUCAUAUCCGGGUCGUGGCGCAACUGAUCCACCAGCUCGGCGGGACGGGUGCUCUGGACCGCGCGUGGAGAGAAUGGUUCAUAGCCGGCGACGAGUUCAUAGCGGCCGAGGUGUUUGAGAAGCCCUUUUUCCACCACAGUAUUUGUGAUCCGGGAUCUUUGCGCGAGGCCGGCUUUGACUCGCGUCCGGGUUCUUCGGCUGCACGGCAACACGUCUACGAAGCCACGAUACUGGACAACACCGAUGCUUUCGUGAACAAUCCGGACCUGAGGGCGUCAGCUAUCGACAUCAUCGAAGUAGCGCAGGAGAUGCAGUGGCAGGCGAAGAUUGCCCAGACGGAUGGAUCGAAACUGCCACAAGAGCGUGUGCGGUGGCGCCACCUCCGUGCUGGGGCGCUCCGGAGCCGACUCCUCCAUCUGGACUCGGCAGACGAGGAAGCGGAGGUGACGCGUCUGGCUCUCUUGACCUGGAUGUACAUGGUUACGACUGUCGUCGGGCGCCGGAGGACAAUGAAAGUCAUAGCCUCGCGACUAUAUCUGACGUUGAGAGCCAGGUUCAGAUCCAGCGGCACUUGCAGUGUCACUGGUGGCGGCGGCAAUGUCGCACGCAACGGCGACAGCUUUCUCCUGUGGGCGCUGUUGACAGGUGCAUGUGCUUCGGAAGGCGAUCGAGGACUGAGGAAAUGGUACUGGGACGCCCUGAGCUCAUCGUAUAGUCUGGCGUCGAAGGCAGAAGGGAAAGAGUUGACUGCAAGUGUGGUCUUCAAGUUGGUCGGUCAAUUCUUGUAUUGUCCUGACGUGCAAAGACCGACGAUAGAGGACUUGUUGAGGGAAAAUGCCGUCGUCGGUGUGGGCGUAGGAGAUACAUCGAAUCCCAUUUGA